ACAGCUGAAAAGAACAGACCCAUGGGCACGCUUUUCUAUUUACAUUAUGGUUAGAAUAAAUCGCUAUAAACUGUAAACAUGAAAGUAUUGGAACUCUAUAGCGGUAUCGGAGGAAUGCAUUAUGCGCUCCGUGAAAGUGAAAUUACGGCAAAGGUUGUCGCAGCAAUUGAUAUAAAUCCUGUCGCAAACGCAGUAUACCGUGAGAACUUUCCAGAAACUAUUCUUAUGAAUAGAAAUAUCGAGUCUCUUAAUGCACAGGAAUUGAACAAAUUGGGUUUAGAUGCUAUACUUAUGAGUCCUCCGUGUCAACCUUUUACUAGAUUAGGAUUAAAAAAGGAUGCUCUUGAUAACAGAGCUUGUUCUUUGUUACACAUUUUAAACUUGAUACCAGAAUUAAAAAGUUUAAGAUAUAUUUUGCUUGAGAAUGUUAAAGGAUUCGAAGUGUCCGAAAUGAGAGACAAAUUUCUAAAUUGUAUAGAAAGUUGUGGAUAUGUUUACAGAGAAUUAAUAUUAAGCCCGUGUCAGUUUGGUAUACCAAAUAGUAGAAAUAGAUAUUAUUUAUUGGCAAAGAGAAAGAAUUUGAAAUUUUGUUUCAAGCAACCCUUGCUAAAAAAUAGUUUACCAUCUGCAUUAUUAAAGUUACCGCCAAAAAGUAUGCAUGCUAUAUUAGCUGAGAAAAAUGGUAAAAUUAAUACCAAAUCUGGCGGAAUGUGCUAUACGUUGGAUAAUAUUUUGGAAAAUGUUGAAGAAUCCAAAUAUUUAUUGCCCUCAAAAUUAUUACAAAAGAGAGCACAGGUAUUGGAUAUACGAACAUCCAAAAGCAAUGGCUCUUGCUGCUUUACCAAAGGAUACGGUCAUUAUGUAGAAGGUACAGGAUCUGUAUAUUGUCCGUUUGCAGACGAAACAAUUAAAUUAAAGUAUAGUAAAGCUGCUAAUGAAGAGAAUAAUUUAGACCAACAAAUACAGCUCUUAUCUGAUUUGAAACUUAGGUUUUUCUCGCCUAAAGAAGUAUGCAGAUUAAUGUGUUUUCCAGAAGAUUUUAAUUUCCCAAAACAUAUUACAGAUAAACAAAAGUAUAGAUUGCUAGGAAAUUCAAUCAACGUUCAUGUAGUUAGCAGAUUAAUAUUUUUAUUAUAUACUGAAAAUGAAAAUGUACACGACAAUUAAUUAAAUUACAAGUCUUUCACCUUUUAUCCCAACUUGAUAAACUUUUAUAAUAGUAUAUUUAUAAUAAU